GGCUCGCGGGCUUGCGGGCUCGCGGGCUGCGCCAACUGAGUCGGGGCUCGUUCGUUCUUCUGAACUGCUGUGGAUCGCUCCUGCGCGCCCUCGACAGACCGGGCCUGUGUUCCACAUCUCCUCUGCUGGAGCGCCGCCAGCGUUCUCCCUCCUGCCCUCCUGCCUGCCACCCCCCACCUGCCCUCGACUGCUCCUGCCCGCCGCCAUGCGUCUGUUCAACCGCAAGAGCUCCAAGCCCACCAUCUCGCCGGGCUGCAGCCAGCCCAACUCGUCCAAUGGCUCGUUGCGCUCCCCUGGCCCCUCCACCGCCAACGGCUCGCGGCCCACCAGCUUCCCCGACGUCCCUCUGCCUCGCGCCCCGGACCCGGCGCUGGACCCGGCGGGCUACCUGAGGAGCAUCUACGCCGUGCGCGACCGCUCGCGCCUGGUGCUGGAGAAGGCCAAGAAGAACCAGCUGAAGCACUUCGCCGUCGACAUGACCAAGUUCAGCGACGUGGCCAGCUUCGUCGUCUCGAUCGUCAAGAGAGACUACGCCCCCGACUACGCCUCGAUCCCGCCCCACGGCCGUUGGCAGCACUUCGAGGUCGGCGGCCGCCCGCGCAUCGACCAGCUCAUGGCCUCAUGGCCGUCGACGGUCGACAACUCUGAGCGCACCCGCCGCCUGCUCGACCUGUUCCUCGUCUCCGUCCUCCUCGACGCCGGCGCCGGCACCAAGUGGCAGUACAAGAGCAAGGAGUCUGGCAGGAUCUACAGGCGCAGCGAGGGCCUUGCCGUUGCCAGUCUCGAGAUGUUCAAGGCCGGCACCUUCAGCAGCAACCCCAAGGAGCCCUGCCAGGUCGACAGCGCCGGCCUGAGGAGGCUGGACCUGGCCAUCAUGGCGCGCGGCCUCCAGGUCAACGACUCGAAUCCCAUUGACGGCCUUGAGGGACGCACGAACCUGCUCAUCCGGCUCUCCGAUGCGCUGCAGAGCCAGGAAGUCUUUGGUCUUGAAGCACGCCCUGGAAACAUGCUUGACUACCUUCUCUCGCACCCCACCACCCAGGCCUCCUCGGUCCCUAUCAUCCCAGUCCCCACCCUGUGGAACACACUGAUGGAGAGCUUGACACCCAUCUGGCCCGCAACACGAACCCAGAUCGACGGCAUUCCCAUGGGCGACGCAUGGCCUUGCUCGGUCAUGCCCUCUCACCCGACGCACCCCUGGGAGAACAUCGUCCCCUUCCACAAGCUUACCCAAUGGCUCACCUACUCCCUGAUGGUUCCAAUGACCAAGCUCAUGAAUGUGCACUUCGCCGGCACCGAACUGCUGACUGGGCUGCCCGAGUACCGCAAUGGGGGUCUGUUCAUCGACACUGGACUGCUGACGCUCAAGCCUGACGACCAUAAGCGCGGUGUUGCGCAGUAUCAGCUGAAUGCCCAGGUCAAGGGACAGCCCAGCAUGGAAGUUGUACCUAUGUUUGCCGCAGAAGACGACGUUAUUGUCGAAUGGCGCGCAGUUACAGUCGGCUUGUUGGACGAGCUCCUUGUCGAAGUCAACAACUCGCUGGGACUGAGUGGGCGCGAGAAACUGAGCUUGGCCCAGAUGCUAGAGGCCGGCAGCUGGAAGGGGGGUCGAGAAAUCGCAGAAGUGUCGCGGCCAAAUACGAAGGAGCCGCCUAUUAUGAUUCUGUCCGAUGGAACUGUUUUCUGAGAUACCCCUGAGAUUCCUCUCCCGCUUUGUUUCGUUCUUUGGUUUCUAUGGCAUGCACUACACGCACGCCGUACAUUUGGACCAUUUACACCACCGUUGACAGUGGCUCGACUGCAGUCAAUUUGGAAGUUUAUGAUGCACGAUCUCGACGGUCGGCACCACGGUGGCUUUCUGGUUUCAUGGCUUGAGCGGCGCGUCACCCUUCAUUGGCGUGCCUGCUAGCCUACUGCGAUGUCCUAUGUUCUUCACUUCUACGUGGGACAUGUCUAGAUGGUAGGCAUUUAGGGCACGGAAAAUGGAUCUGUAAAAUAGUAAGGAUCUUGGUCUAGGACUAUUACGCGCUUAAAGACGCAGCAUUCUGCGAAUCGAUGAUCAGUCGACGUAAUACGAACUGGUCUCACACUACUGCGCGCCAAUUGCUCAUCCCACAUUGAUGCUUUCGUAUGAGAGUCGAG